AUGCCCCCCGAAUAUCGCCAUGCGCGCAGCUCCAGCAUGAGCAUCGCCAACUCCUCCACUCGCCCAACCUCGUCCGUCAUGCCCAGGAGUCCUCCCAAUACCUCGCAUGUUCCCUGCAAGUUUUACCGUCAAGGCGCCUGUCAGGCUGGCAAUGCCUGUCCAUUUAGCCACGAGCUGGGUGUCGCAUCCGAGACUGUCUGCAAAUACUUUGCCAAGGGAAAUUGCAAGUUCGGCCCGAAAUGCGCAAAUAUCCACGUUCUCCCCGACGGCCGCCGAGUCAACUACGGCAAAAAUGGCUUCACAAUCGUAACCACUCCCCUCGCUGGCAGCCCCGCUGACCCGACCUCGCCGACCUCAGCCGCCGCCAACACUACCUACAAUCAAUCCUCCGCCAGCGCCCUCACCACAUCACUCUACGAGGCCGAUCAGUCUGCCUUCCCCAGCUACCUCUCCGAGAGCCGACAGCAGCUCCAUGAUCAUCAGCUAAACCUCGACAACGGCCACGCUUCCGAGCCUCCCUUUGCCUUCCCCGAGAGCUACGGCUCGCCUCGCGAUGGAUUUGCUUUCUCCCCCGCUAACGCCAAGGGACUGUCCAUUCUCGAUGCCCCAAUGCCCGCCUCAUUCGACUCGAAUGGCAUCUCCAACGCCGCACGUUUUCCCGCAGCUCCGUGGCCAUCAUCAGUCCCCUCCAAAUUCGGUCUUGAAUCUCCGGCUUCUUCUCUUAGCAACGUCAAGGACUCGAGAACUUCUGAUACCCUCAAGCUUUUGCACAGCUCAGCCUUUGGCUACUCGGACCAAUUCCCUACAGCCGGCAGUCCUCCGAGCUCAAAUCCGUUUGGUUCCGAAGAAUACUUUGGCAAGAGGGCCAUGCACUCGUCAAGAUACGCCAAGCCCAAGAUGCUUAGCUCUAGUGUACCAAAGACAAACGUCGAUCGCGAUUGGGAAGCCAGCUUCGCUUUCGGCGACGAUGCUGGUGACAAUGGGCCCGAAAACUAUGUCCCAGAGAACCUUCAGGAUCUUCUAACACCGGCUGAAAAGGCCAGAAGAGGGUCUAUGCGGGGGGAGAAUGAUGUCAACAUCGAGAGUCUCUCCAAAUAUGGAAGUCCCCUGGCCUCCAGCCCAAGCCGCUGGGGCUCUCUUUUCCAACGCCAAAAGGAAGAAGAGGAGCUAUCCCGCUCUGCCAGAAACGCCGCCUCCCCCUUUGGCCACGUCGGUAGCCCUCUACGAAAUUCAACACUCGCUCAAACCAUGGGUAAUGAAGCUUUCGGCACCAGUGCACCCGGCCGCCCAUCGUCCGCAAGAAUUGGCAGCGACUCCAUGUCUGUUCUUUCUCAGCAGUUUCAACGCAGUCGCAUUGACGACGCUACCACCAGCUCCAGCCCGCGUCUACACCCCGCAUCUGCAAGGACCGUAGGUCCCCAUCCAGUGGGAAAGGACCGUGCCAUGGAACGCCAUGUGUCUACUGGUAGCAUCAGCUCGUCUGUCACUGGUCGCUUUACUACUCCCAUCGACGAGGAAGACCCUGCCUUCGUCUUUAGCAUGGAAGAGGACGACCCGGUUGCUGCUGCACGUAUGCGUAAGCGAGCUUCUGCCGGUCUUGGGAUGAGCAGCUUCAAUAGUUACGCCGGUGCCGUUACCGGCAAAGGGCAAGAUGGCAAGACAAAGGAUAGCAAGAACUCAUCGACUAACGGUCGGUGA